AUGGGAGAGGAAAAUAAAGAAGAAAAAGAAGAAGAAACAAAGGAAAAAGAAAUGUCUGUAAUGGAUAAGCUGAAAAAACUUAGGGAAAGUAUUGUCGUCUUUCCCAUUAUUGGAAAAUGUAUUGGCGAAUUACCUGUACUGUUUCUGUCAAUUUCUGCAGCUAUUUUUGCAAUUUCCAUCUUGGGUUUUGUUCUCAGAUUGGAUAUUCGUGUGGACCUGAAAUCUGGUUAUACACCUCAGGAUGCGCCAUCAGUUGAAGAAAUUGGUGCACAUGUCAAAUUUUUUGGCAACCUGGUAACUGAUUAA